AUGACUUGUUCAAUAUGGGAGGCUUGUAAAAGGGAUGUUAUUCCCAGUUGGUCUGAUACAAAGACUACUCCAUGCAAUUGGACCGGGGUAAAGUGUGAAGGUGAACGUGUAAUUCGGAUUGAUUUUCCAUGUUCAGUGUCACCACUAAAUUUACCAUUUCGUGGAAAAAACAUUGGAAAAUUUAGAUCCCUGAAGCACCUGAAUCUCAACCAUUAUGCCCUUAGUGGUAAUAUACCUACAGAUGUUUGGAGUCUGGAGAAUUUGGAGACACUUGACUUGACUGACAACAGGUUAACUGGCCAGCUGUCUCCCACUAUAUCUAACCUGAGAAACCUGAAACAUCUUGUGCUUAAUGAUAAUGGUUUUUCAGGCAGUUUACCAUCAACAAUUUGUGAGCUAAAGGAGCUCAGGGAACUAUCAGUUCAUGCAAACUCUUUUUCUGGCGAUCUUCCUAAUGAGAUUGGAAACCUGGAUAAGUUGCAGUCUCUUGAUUUCAGCUCAAAUUUCUUCUCUGGUAGUCUACCUUCCAGUCUAGUUAAUUUGGCGGAGCUUCUAUACCUUGAUGCUAGUUUAAACAACUUGACUGGAUUAAUAUGUCCAGAAAUUGGAAAGCUAAGUAAGCUUAGAAUUAUUACUCUCUCAUCCAACAUGUUGACUGGAACUAUUCCUGGAACAAUUGGCCGUUUGAAGCAGCUGGAGGCGCUUGAUCUUCAAAACUGCAAAUUUACUGGAAGUAUCCCUGAAGAGAUUUCAGAAUUGAGUUAUUUGAAUUACUUGAAUGUAGCACAGAAUGAAUUUGAUGGAGAGCUUCCUUUAAGAAUUGGAAAGCUAGAAAGUCUGGUCUACUUAAUUGCUUCAAAUGCUGGAUUGUCUGGAACAAUUCCUUCAGAGCUAGGGAACUGUAAAAAGCUCAAGUUAAUAAAUUUGUCCUUUUACUCGUUUUCCGGUCCAUUACCUGAAGGUCUUUCUGGGUUGGAUUCACUUAAAUCAUUUGUGCUUAAUUCAAUCCGCUUAUCCGGCCCCCUGCCUAUGUGGAUUGCCAACUGGACGCAAGUAAAGUCAAUAAUGGUGUCAAAGAAUUUCUUAACUGGAUCUCUACCACCACUUUAUUUCCCUUUGCUAUCCGUUCUCGAUGUCAGUUCCAACAGGCUAUCUGGUGAAUUGUCUUCAGGGAUAUAUUUGGUGUUGUCUGGAAACAACCUCUCAGGUAAACUGCCUGAUUAUCUAGGGGAACUUCAGCUCAUUAAUCUUAAGCUAUCGAAAAACCAAUUUUUCGGGAAGGUACCAGAUCAACUAUGGGAGUCAAAAACAUUAAUGUCCAUCUCACUCGGCAACAAUGUGCUCGAAGGUCCAAUUCAACCGACUAUUGCAAAACUUUCAUCCCUUCAGAGAUUGCAACUUGAUAAUAAUCUACUUUCAGGUGAAAUUCCCAGAUCAAUAUCUAAGCUGAAAUUGCUAGACAAUUUGGUUCUGUCUAACAAUCAGUUUUCCGGUCCUAUACCUGAGGAAAUUUGUACCGGAUUCCAGAAUAUUCUUUUACCGGACUCCGAAUUCACCCAGCAUUAUGGCAUGCUUGAUUUGUCCAACUAUGAACUAACUGAGUCCAUCCCACACUCAAUUAAGAAUUGCAUAGUUGUGACUGAGCUUCUUCUACAGGGAAAUAAGCUCACAAGGAGUGUUCCUCGUGAAAUUUCUUUGCUCGGCAACUUGCCACCUUCACUUUCCGCUCUUGCUUCCGUGACAUAUCUUGACUUAUUCAGCAAUAGAUUCCAAAAGUCUUUUCCUUGUAGCAUUUGUGACAUAGAAGGCCUUGUUUUUUCCAAUUUCUCCGGCAACAAAUUCACUGGACUAGCCCCUAUAUGUGAACUAAAGCUAGGAAAUGCAUACCAAGUGAACUUGUUUUACCUCCCAGGGAAAUCUUUGUUACGGAUAAAUCCAACAGCUAUUCUCUCAGCCACUGAGAACUUCAGCAAGAGUUAUAUUAUCGGUGAUGGUGGCUUUGGUACUGUAUACAAAGCCAAACUGCCUGAAGGCCGGACUACUGCAGUUAAGAGGUUAAACAGGGGCAACAUGCAUGGUGAUCGCGAGUUCUUUGCUGAAAUGGAAACAAUUGGGAAUGUAAAACAUGACAAUCUGGUGCCAUUGCUUGGGUAUUGUGUCUCUGCAGCUGAGAGAUUGUUGAUAUAUGAAUAUAUAGAAAAUGGAAGCCUUGAUUUCUGGUUGAGAAACCAAGCGAGGUGGCCAACUCGUUUUAAGAUCUGUCUAGGGUCAGCUCGCGGACUUGCAUUCCUACACCAUGGUUUUGUUCCACACAUAAUUCAUAGAGACAUCAAGUCAAGCAAUAUACUCCUAGACAGAAAUUUUGAAGCACGAGUAUCCGACUUUGGUCUGGCUCGGAUAAUUAAAGCAUGUGAGAGCCAUGUUAGUACAAUCCUUGCUGGUUUAUUAGGGUACAUACCACCCGAGUAUGGACAAACAAUGAUGGCUACAACCAAGGGCGAUAUCUACAGCUUUGGAGUGGUGAUGUUGGAAUUGGUAACAGGACAGGCUGAUGUUGAGGGAGGCAAUCUUAUUGGUUGGGCGAGGUGGAUGGUUGCAAAUGGCAGGGAGAUUGAAACGUUGGAUCCGCUUUUUUCUGGUUCAGGAUUAUGGAAGGAUCAAAUGCUGCGCGUUCUUGCUAUUGCAAGGUCUUGCACCAAUGAUGAGCAAUGGAAGCGGCCAGCAAUGCGCGAGCUGGUGAAACUGUUGGAGGCCAAAAGCAAUGUUAUAUUUUGA